ACAUCGAUUUGGUGCAAACUUGGAGUUCGAGAGAACGAACGAACGAAAUAAACUGAAUUUCAUUUCCCCAUAUUAUUUGAGGGGGGGCGCGGGAACGCUUUGAUAGACGAUUCCAUUUCCUUUCUCAUUGCCGUUAAUCCAUCUUCGAUUCUUCAAUUUAACUGCAUUUUCAGGUUUCAAUUCCCAUUUCCCAGCGAAGUUCUCUGGUUUACAGUCCUGCCCUAGCUCAAUUUAAGGAGUAACAGUCAUCUAUCAUCUUCUGAUCUGCUGAAAUCUCACCCGGAAAACCCUAGUUCAUCCCCUGCAAUUAUUUUUGUUUCCAGGGUUUCAUAGCUAGGUACGCUUCGUUGACUGUUAAUUCAUAGGUGGAUUUGUAAUCCAGGGCUGUUUGAUCGUAGAUGGACUCGUAUUCCAGGCAUGUUAGUGUACUUGCCAGAGCUUCGAGCUUCCAUGGGUGCCCUAGCCAUCAAUCGUAAUAGUGGAGAUCGUUGGUUCAGCUUCAGUUAUGCUUACUCGCCUUUUAACUUUAAGAAUUCCGACUCUCGACCUGACCUUCACUCCUUUAAGAAACCCAGAUUUUCGCAUAUGCCUACCAGUACAGAGCGGCAGCUAUCUUCGCUGAAUAUAGCAUCUAGAAUCUCUCUGUACCCGGAGGAGAUUCGGCCUUUGCCUAGAGAAGUUCACGCUCCUUGCCGGAAAACCAGCUUUGGUCGCCCACCCAGGUUGGUCAGUCGAGUUGGAAACAAUCAAGGUUCGAUUUACGUGAUGGGGAAUUGUCUAGCUCCUCGCCGAUACGAUGAAGCAAAAACUUCUGCAUCUGACCCUUCACGGCACUUGAGACGGGACAAGGCACCAGUGAUUGAUGUGGAGGCGGCGUGCUCCAAGGAUGUAAUUGCAGAUCACUCGAGCAUAGACGAAAUUGAAGUAUUGGACGAUGAGCGACAAGUCCGCUCUGUAGUUUCGGAUUGGAAGUCUCAUGAGACCAAUGCUGAUGUCUUUCUGCGGGGUGCUCAUGUAAAGUUUCCGGCUUAUGGUCAGCAACUGUCUUCUUCUGCAGUAUCUAAGCUGACUCAGGUGGACGAAGCGGGGAAGAUGAUGGCGGCUCUGUCUAUCAGUCCCGGAGAAGAGGAGCUUGGCAUGCUUCCUCACAAAAAAUUGCACAAGUCUACAGAGAGACGGAAUUCGAAAUUGGACAUGUUAAAUUUUGAGAUCAAUUAUAAUCAGUUAAAGUUGUCACUCCUCCCGAAGCGCCAGGCAAAGAAACCCGCGGAGGGUCUACCCCGAGAACCUUUUGUUCCUCUUACGCCUGAGGAAGAGAUUGAAGUCUCUCGUGCUUUAUCGGCUUCUGAUAGGCGGAAGGUCUUGGUCACACAUGGAAAUUCUAAUAUCGAAAUCACAGGACAAAUCUUGCAGUGCUUGAGCCCGGGUGCCUGGCUGAAUGAUGAGGUCAUAAAUGUCUAUCUUGAACUACUGAAGGAGAGAGAAAAAAGAGAACCAACAAACUUUCUGAAGUGCCAUUUUUUCAACACAUUCUUCUAUAAGAAGUUGAUUAGUGGGAGCAGUGGUUAUGACUUUAAAGCUGUGGGGAGAUGGACUACUAUGAGGAAGAUAGGGUACGGCCUUGUCGAGUGUGACAAAAUAUUUGUUCCUAUCCACAGAGAGGCACACUGGUGCUUGGCUGUUAUCAACAAAAAGGAUGAAAAAUUCCAGUAUCUUGAUUCACUUAAAGGCAAGGAUUUCCAAGUGCUAAAAAUACUGGCAAGAUACUUUGUAGAUGAGGUGAAGGACAAGAGUGGAGAAGACAUUGAUGUUAGCUCCUGGAAGCAUGAAUGUGUUGAUGGCCUUCCUAAACAGCAGAAUUGGUCAGACUGUGGCAUGUUCAUGAUCAAAUAUGCAGACUUCUACAGUAGAGGUCUAGGGCUCUGUUUCGAUCAGAAACACAUACCUUAUUUCCGGCAGAGGACUGCAAAGGAGAUUCUGAGGUUGAAAGCUGAGUGAACUGUAAGGAACUUAUCUGUUUGAUUAGGCUGCAGUUAGUAGAGAAAUUGAUCAAUGGGAAAGGUUGUUGAAAGAUAUGAAACUGGUGUGGCCUCCCGUGAACGUGGAGACCCUUGAAUAGUUGCCAUGCAGCUCAAGCAUAUUCACUCUUCUGGGUGGACAAACUGGCUGACACUGACGAUACUUUAUUUUCUUGCAUGGGAGGAAAUGGAAUUGCUUGCCUGUAUAUAAUAUAUAUGUCUGAGCAUGAGUUUUUUGGGGCUGGGUUACUAUUUGCGUUCUGUUCCCUUGGGGUCACUCAGCCCCUCCCCGUACCCUUAUCACCUUUUCUCUUUUAGCCUUUUUUCGCCCCUUUUUUCUUAUAGCCAUUUCUUUCUUGGAAUUUAGUUGUCAGUCCACAAUUGUAAUAAUAAAUGAUGCCUUCUGAGGAAGUUCAAAGAAGGGUUGAAGUGGUCUUACAUAUUGUCACUUCUGUAUGCAUAUGAUUUUAUUUUGGAUCUUUGACAGCCAAGUGGAGAGACAGGUUAAUCCUGUAUUCUACAAAUACUGACAGUUCAGAUAAGUUUACUGCAUAGGUUGAUGUAGUUGUGAGUCAUCGAAAGGUAUUUAGAUUGUUCAUCUGA